UGGACCAUCAAAUCUGCACGAGUCUCCUCCGCCUCGCCAUCGUUCCCCAUUCCGCCGCCGCCGCGCCGCCGCCGGCGCCAUGCUCCGCCUCCGGACCUGCGUCCUCUCCCACCUCCUAUCCUCUCCCACCACCUCCCCACUCCCCUCUCUCCACCGCCUCCUCUCAAGCGCCGCCGCGCCCACCGUCUCCCCCAACUCCGGCUUCGAAGUGGAGGAGUACCUCGUCUCCACCUGCGGGCUGACCCGAGCGCAGGCCCUCAAGGCCUCCGCCAAGCUCUCCCACCUCAAGUCCCCCGCCAAGCCCGACGCCGUCCUCGCCUUCCUCGCCGGCCUCGGCCUCUCCGCCGCCGACGUCGCCGCGGUCGUCGCCAAAGACCCGCUCUUCCUCUGCGCCGGCGUGGAGGGAAACCUGGGCCCCGCCGUCGCGGGGCUCACCGGCCUCGGCCUCUCGCGCUCUGAGGUCGCGCGCCUCGUCUCGCUCUCCCCCGACCGAUUCCGCCGCAAGAACGUCGUCCCCAAGGUGCGCUCCUACCUUCCUCUCUUCGGCUCCUCCGAGGACCUCCUCUCCGGGGUCAAGCGCGGCUUGUUCCUUCUCUCGGUCGACAUCGACCGGGUGGUCAAGCCCAACGUCGCGGUCCUGCGGGAGUGCGGGCUAGGUGCUCGCGAUAUUGCCAAGCUGCUCAUCCAAAUGCCGAGGAUCGUCACCGUCAGUCCGGAGCGCGCCCUCGCGAUGGUCGCGUGCGCCGAGCGCAUUGGCGUGCCCCGUGGCUCUGGGAUGUUUAGGCAAGCGCUGCAGGCUGUCGCAUGCUUCAGCGAGGAGAAGAUUGCCGCCAAAGUGGAACAGUUAAAGAAGACAUUGCGGUGGUCGGAUGCCGAUGUCGGCAUUGCUCUGUGCAAGUGGCCCACUGUGCUGAGGUGGUCCAAGGACAUGCUGCAGCGCAAGUCCGAGUUCCUCAUCUCUAAGGUGGGGUUGGAACCGGCGUACAUUGCUCACCGUCCGGCAAUACUCGGUCUUAGCUUGGAGGGCCGGCUCAAGCCCCGGUACUAUGUUAUGAGGUUUCUUAAGGAAAAUGGAUUGCUGAGUCAUGGCAAAGACUACUAUUGUAUGCUCUUGAUAAGCGAAAAGGUAUUUGUGGAGAGGUUCAUACGCCCCCACAAGCAAGCUGCGCCACUCAUUGCUGAAGACUAUGCAGCCGCUUGCACAGGGGAGGUGCCUGCUAGAUUCAGAUUUACAUGAACCAAGAACAGGAUAUGUUGCAGUUUCUUUUGACUUAUGAUCACAGUUAUGCAUAGACGUUAUGCUUAUUUAUAAUCGACCGUGCCCAGAAAAAAUGCUAUCUGUAGAAAAUUUGGUGUCCCACUUCUCGGCUAAAUGAUGAUACUCAAAUUUUACAGCCCCAUGCAUAGUUCUUGUUGGAUGGGAAUAUUUUUUAUGUAUUCCAGAUAACUCAGUCCUAGUUUUAUUUUCAUGAUAUCUCUGCCAUGUCAUGUUGAGCAUGGCCUUUAUGAAUAGUUUCUGUUACCACUAA